AUGGCAGAAGUCGAUGCACACGAAGAGGCCAGAGCUCUCGAGCUUUCGGCGGCCUUUCUUCAGUACGUGAAGAAGUGCCCGCACGUUAUGGAGUCAGUCCAGGCCUUCAUUGCGGAGCACUGCAUGCAGUUCGCGGAGCUUGCAAACUGCGAUGAGCAUAGACUGGAGUACACGGUUGUGCACCACGACUUCAUCACACUGCUGGAUGGUCACGUGGAGGCUUUCCUGCGGUUUCAGGGUGCUAGUGAAGCAGACUUUCUGGCUGCUCUGGCUUCCGUCCAGGAAACGGGGCAUGCCGAGUGGAGACCGUUCAAGAGCCUCCUUGACAAAACUGACUAUCACGCCUUUGCCAAGAUGAUGCAGAUUCAGGCUGUUCCGAGGGCAUUUCUUGUUGAAACGCCUCACAGAUCCAUGCUCGAAAAGUUCCUUCAUGGAGAAGGAGACAUCAAUGCUCGUGAAGGUUCCUGGGGUAAGGGUAUUGCUACUGACAUGCAUGUUCUGGUCGUGAAAGUCAAAGUCAAUGUGGAGAUGGACUGUCGUGGCAUGGACCGGAGUCCAGAGGUGGAGGCCAUGAAGCCUUCACCCACAUCCUCCGGGACGUCUUCCUCCAUGCAUGUGGCAGUGGAGAGCUUCUUGAAGAGCAUGAUCCACAGCCUGCGGGUUGGACAGGCUUUGGUGCAUCCAUCGCUUACAUCUGUUUGCCAUCUGAUCUACGCGGCAGCCGAGGUGAAGUUCGGGAUUUUGGCGGCACAAAAUGCAGUCGGGACACUGCUUGUAAGCAGAGUCAUUACACCCAGUCUUCUUCGGGUACAGCGACCGGCGGAUGGCAACGGAGCCUCGGAGCGAGUAUCGGAGUUGUCACGCCUUCUUCAACGGAUUGCCCAUUUUGCCCAUCAUGAUGACGAGGCACGUGGGCAAACACUUCCAGACUUGAACCAGGUUGUCAAGCACGUUGCAUCCCUUCGAGAACUUGUGGGGCCCCGAGAUUUCAAGCACUGUCGGCCAGUACUGUAA